ACAGGAGACAGUCCACUGACGCGGGAACAAGAGAGAGGGGGCAGAUUCCGGGAAAGCUUGGAAAGAUCGCAACCGACUGAGUGGGGGACAAGCUUAAGACAAACAGAAAUUAGAAAAAACUAUAAAAGUCAAAAAGUAAAUUAAAUAAUCAGAGGAUUUGGUUUUGCUGUUUUAAGGCGAUUUUUUGCCAAUUGAGUACCGCCAAGACUGUCAACAGUUUUGUACCGAUUUCUCUCUUGUUUGCAGCAUCGCCGGCAGCUGAAAGUGAGACAUAUUUUGUGGCACAGACCUCUCAGAGGAGGAGGAAGAGGUUAUUUUCAACAAAAAUCAAGAACGCCAACCGCUCGUCAAGGACUCUGACAGCUCCGAUACAGAAAUAUCGACCGGGAUGCAUUUUGACGAUAUCCUCCGCCAUAUUGGCGAGUUUGGCAAGUUUCAGAUCAUCAAAUACUUGAUUCUGUGUAUAUCUUCCAUCUCCGCAGGAUGUCAUAUGAUGGUUGCCGUCUUUAUACAGGUUCUUCCAAAACACAGGUGCAUGAUCCCAGGUCUUCCCAAUGACACGUAUGCAAUCCAGGGAGCCUGGCAUGAACUCCUGAUUAACGAGACCAUCCCGUUGGGCUCCAAGGGCGACUACUUUGAGUGUUCCCUCUACUCCAACUUCUCCUACACUAACGCCACCUAUAGCUGUGACAAAUGGGUGUACGACAAGUCUGUGUUCACUGCAACCUUUGCCACUGAUUUUGGCCUGGCUAACUGUGGAGAGAAGUGGAAGAUUGCUACGGCCCAGAUUGUCUUCAUGGCAGGAGUGCUGGUGGGGGCCUUCGUCAUGGGGGCUCUGUCAGAUGCCAUUGGUCGUAAGCCCACCUUGAUUAUCUCUGUGUUGCUACAAGGUGUUUGUGGCACAGCAGCAGCCUUUGCUCCAGAAUACUACAGUUUUAUUGUCCUCAGGUUCUUUGUGGGCUCAGCCACUGCCGGGCUGUUCAUGACCACUUUUGUACUAGGCAUGGAGUUGGUUGGUCCUUCCAAGCGUAUGAUAGCAGGCAUAUCAAUAGAAUACUUCUUUGCGGGAGGUCUGAUCAUACUUACCAUGGUUGGGUACUUCUUGCGUGACUGGAGGCAUAUAGAAUUGGCAGUUUCUGUUCCAAGUUUUGCCUAUAUUCUUUACUGGUGGUUUGUCCCUGAAUCAGCACGAUGGUUGCUGGCCAAUGGGAAGGAAGAUAAGGCAGAGGAAAUAUUACGCCAGGCAGCCAAGGUGAAUGGCAAGGUCCUCCCAGAGAAACUGUUUGAGCAGGUGGCCGAGGACGAGGAGGAGCAUCAUGGGAGCAUUCUGCAGAUCUUCAGGUCGCCAAGGACCCUGGUCAGAACGCUCAUCAUCUUCCUGAACUGGUGUGUGGUCAGCAUGGUCUACUAUGGCCUCAGUUUGAACAGUGGUAAUCUUGGAGGAGAUAUCUUCCUCAAUUUUUUCCUCUCAGGGCUGGUGGAGUUUCCUGCCUACUGCUUCUGUUUUUGUAUAGACAAAGUGGGCCGCAAGGGACCUCAUGUGUUUGGCAUGCUCUUGGGUGGUAGUGCGUGUCUUUGCACCAUUUUCGUGGCUCUUUACGCUGAUCCUGGUGAUCCUAACACCAGGUGGUUCUACAUAGCUCUCAGUAUCGUAGGGAAGCUGGGGGCCACUAUGGGGUUUGCCAUCAUCUAUGUGUGGUCUGCAGAACUCUAUCCCACUGUGUUGAGGAACAGUCUGAUGGGCUUCAGCUCCACAUUUGCCAGGGUUGGGGGCAUGCUGGCACCUGUCAUUGCUAACAUGGUGACCUUCCCAGGUGCUAUAGGCAGAAGUGCUGCUCUGAUAGUGUUUGGUGCAGCCACGGUAUUUGUAGCCUUGCUGUCUAUCCUACUGCCUGAAACUGCAGGGAGAGAAUUGCCAGAAACUAUUGAUGAUGCUGAGAAAGUGCCUUUCUUCUCCAGUGCCCCCAAGGCAGGCGAGGACACAGAGAAGAGUCUUCCAGUGGAGCCGAAAUACACCAAGAAGGACUUUGCCUACAACAAUCCUGUCAUGGAGGAUAAAGUUUAAAAUUGCUUCAUCACUUCAAGCAAUUCUGUGGUGAACUCUGCAUCAUUUACAUUCUUUACUUUCUUAUUUUGAAAAUUUAGGAUUUGUUAUGGGUUUGGGCGUGUAGGUAUUUAUUUUUUUCUGCAAAAAGCAUUUUGUGUUUCUUAAAUUUUAUUUUUGUUAGAUUAGAAUGGUGUUAAGUGACUAAAUAUUAUUGAUAAAAUGAUCUACUAUUAACAAGUGAUUGCUCAGUUACAUUUCAUGCAUUUCAUAACUUUAAAAGGGAAAUUUUGAGUCGCAAUAAAAGUUGAUAGACUGAUAUUUUUGAUUAUGUGACAAGUGAGACUUCCAAGGAAGUAUACUUUACAAUAAAGUUGUCAUCACUAUUUUCUAUUUUUCUAUUUUAUAACAGAAAAUAUUAUGUCCAAUGUAAAAAAAUAUGGUUUUUAUUUCUGAUCAUCAUCAAGCAUUGUGUCAGGACAAGAGUAGAUAUUACAUCGAGAAAGGUGAUGGGUAAUGUGUUGAAAGAUAUUAAAGAGACCAGACCAUCAGUCUAAGACCUUUUUUGCACAAUAUAAAUCAGGGUAACUGUAUUAGUAUCAUCAGAGAUUUAUUGUGAAAUUUGUAAAUAUAAUAUGUCAGAUAUUUAAAGUGUUAAGUUGCAUGAACCACUUCUGCAAGAAUUUAAUGAUUUGAUAUUUCUUUUUUCUUUAUUAUUUUUAUUAUUAAUAUUAUUAUUAUUAUUAUAUUUAUUUUGGCAAUCAAAUUUUAAAGCACCAGAACAAUUGAAAAAUGGUGCUACAAAAAUACCUCAUUCAGUCACCGUAAACUUCUCCUGAAGUUUUGUGAGACUGUUUUGUACUUGUUGAUUCUUUUCAAGGAUUUUGGCCGUCACACCUUAAAAUUGCCCUGUCAAUUAGCCUAUAGAAUGUGAUAUAGUAUUAUAGUAUAUAAUGUAUAUAUAUAUAUUAUUUGUAUACACUGGCAGUAGCUUUGCGGGAUUUUUUGACAUUUUAAUGAUUUAAGGGCAUUUUCAAACUAUAGAAUACUUUAUCAGUUUAUUUAAGAUAAUAGAAAACUGAUCUCAUGUAUACUUUUUCAUGUAUUUCGGUGAAUUGGGAUUGUCAGAUUAUUAACACCGAUAUGUAUAGACAAUUCUAGUCAAUAAAAGUGGAAGUUUCGAUUAA